AUGCGUUGCUGGAUCGCGCUUAUUCUCACCGCAUCUUGUUGCAUUAUAUUUUCACCAAUUUUGGGUGCACGAGUUCAGAAAGCAUCCAAAAAACAACUUUCUAGGGUGAAAGAACUUCUGAAUGAUGAAGCGGAGAGGUAUUUUGUAUACAGUUCUAUCAAGUAUUCCUCCAAAUUUCAGACGGAAUUCCUUGAUUCAAAGUGACUCUGUAGAUGUUUUCGAUAAUAUUCAAAGAAACCCAAAUGCUGGAAAACAUCACGUAAGCAAUUAUUUUUGAAAACCUAAACCUGAACCAGUUUUUGACAGGAUGAAUUAGCGGUGAACAACGCUGACGAAUACUUCCAAGGCGAUGUCGAUCUAUCUGAUCAGCAGGUUAAGAUAAUAGAAGAUCAGUUCACGGCUGGAAAAAGAGAGAAGAGAAAAGUGAGAUAUUAAAGUUUUGCUUUAAUCGUGUAAUUUUUUGUCCAGAUUGGUAGAACGCCUUUGUACAAACUCUGGGAAACCCGAGGACCUAUUAGUUUCGACUACUCCGAAAGUAUUCCUCCACAAACCCGCGAUAAAAUACGGUUAGUCAAACAGCUGCACUUGAACGUCAAGUUUUUUUAAGACAUGCGAUGUUAUUAUGGCAACAGCAUACAUGUAUCAGGUUUGAAGAAGGGGGCCCGAAUGUUGACAGAUUGGAAUUUUUUGAUGGAGGCGGUUGUUCUUCGUUUGUGGGAAGAGUGGGAGGAACCCAGGCAAGUUAUUAUAAGAUUUUUGUAUGUAACAUUUCAAUUUGAAGGGAAUAUCAAUUUCAACCCCAGGGUGCGACGUUGUCGGAAUCAUUAGUCACGAAAUCGGACAUUCUUUGGGAAUUUUUCACGAACAAGCAAGACCAGAUCAGGUAAAAUUAAAAUAAUGCGCAAAAAGGAAUAGUUGACUUUUUGUUAACUAUAGGAAAGACAUAUUGCUAUAAAUUAUAACAAUAUUCCUUUGAAUCGAUGGAAUAAUUUUCAAGCAGUUGGAGAAAAUCAUGCGGAAACAUUUGAUUUGCCGUACGAUACAGGUUUGGACUGCAUUUUUGCUAGUAAACUAAAAAAUAUGUUUUUUAAGGCAGUGUAAUGCAUUAUGGUCCUUAUGGAUUUGCAUCAGAUCCAUAUACUCCGACUAUUCGGACAUUAGAGAGAGUACAACAAUCUACAAUUGGUCAGAGAGCUGGACCAUCUUUUCUAGAUUAUCAAGCAGUUAGUUUGCGAAAAAAUUUUAUUUUUCCAGUUUGAAAAAAUUCAGAUUAACACAGCGUAUGGAUGCUCAAACAUCUGUCCAGAAUUACCUUGUUUGCGCAAUGGCUAUCCGCAUCCUAAUAACUGCUCGACAUGCGCUUGUCCAGAAGGGCUAGCCGGGAGAUACUGUGAACAAGUUCAUCCCUCAAACGCACAAUGCGGCGGAAUCAUCUUUGUAAGUUUGUCAAUGUUUGUCAAAACACCUUGUGAUUAUCACGUCUUAGGCCACUAAAGAGGUCAAAUAUCUCACAAGCCCCAACUAUCCAGAGAAAUUCCCGCUUAACACUGAAUGCAACUGGAUUAUUGCUGCUCCCAUUGGUGAGUUGUUUUUUAUUUAAAGUUUCAUAACUCAACAAUUAAAGAAGGACGAGUGUUCAUGGAUUUCGAAGGAGAAUUCGACUUUUUGUGUGAAGAUACUUGCGAUAAAGCGUAUGUGGAAGUUAAAUAUCACAGUGACAAACGCCUUACUGGAGCACGAUUCUGUUGUUCUCUGCUCCCCCGAAACCGUUUCAUAUCUUUCAAAAAUGAAAUGAUUAUUAUAAUGAGAGGAUAUCGUUCUUCGAGUGCCGGUUUCAAAGCCAAGUUUUGGUCCAACUUAGGAGAGCCGGAAGGGGUAAGAGUUUUUUUUAUUUCUUGUUGAAUCUCUGAUUAAAUCGAUAAUCUUCAGGUAGUAACACCAAUGCCAGAUGUAACAACAGACAGCAUCGAAGCAACAAAACAGCCUAUAACAACCGUUCCUCGACCAACUCCAAAAAAAAACUUUUUUACAAGGAAGCCAAUUAUUGCCCCUUCAACUGUCAAGCUCACAACUGCACAAAUCACAACAACUACACUACAGUCUAGUGUAAUUGAUAUUACUGAUCUCGAAAAACUGUAUUAUUAUUUUCCAGACUUCUAGGACAACUGAAUCUUUAAUAACUACAACACAGCCUUCUUUCGUAACUGGGGAGACGGAAAUCACUACUGCCAGCACACCAGUAACAUUAUUCCCGUCUUUAUCGACAAUGUGAGUAAAUUUUCUAUGAUUUAUUGGUGUCAAGUCAGAGCAGUUCUCUAAUAGACGCUGUCCUGAAUGAGUGCUUUUCUGAUAAAACGCGAAGUAAUCAGCAAAUACUCACAUCAGAUUGCCACCGAUUAAUUCACUGGCUGGAAUGCUUCCAUCUACCCAGGCGCCAGAUAUUAUCAACAGUGUGUUGGGUAAGAAUUCGUUGCUUCUAAACACUACGAACAUUACCGAUCAGAAUGUGGCUGCGGAUCAUGGUCAGAAUGGCAAGGAGAAUGCUCGCAGCAGUGUGGAGGAUGUGGACAUCGCAUUCGAAAGCGAGAAUGCAAGAAGGAAGCAUGCAGGUGCUCUUUUUUUAAAAUAAAUUUUGUGAUAACGAAGACAUUUAGAACGAAUGAAAAACGUCCGUGUAACUUUGGUGCAUGCCCAGACGGAACAAAUUUUCUCAUCAACAAUUCUGAGUUUCAUAUUUUAUGGCGAGGAUGCUGUGUUGGGCUAUUCCGGUAAAAAAAAGUACUGGUUAUUUUAACGUUAAUAUUAUUUAGUUCCGCCGAUCAAUGUACUGCUCUUGAAACUGAGUCGAAUCCAUUUUUCAAAAUUAUAAAUAGUUUGCUCAAUAUUCAUGACGCUAAGAGCAACGACACGCUGAUUGCUAAACGGAUGAUGCGUGGCGAGCAUUAA